CUGCAACAUACAGGAAGUUCUCUUGAGGACAUUCGCCAUUGGUUGAGGACAAGUCUGUGCUGUUUCCUUACAGGUCAAAGGGGAUUUCUUUUUCUUGGAAGUCUGUCGUGAAGAGUCAUGCAUACAAAAGAUGAUAUUUACGCUUACGCUUUGUCCAAGUCCCUUACAAAGGUUUCAUCACCUGCCACCGUAGGACUGUACUCUUCCUGUCAUGACCGAAUUAACAUGAUCCUGAGACAAAUAGAGGUGUACAUGAAUCGGGAGGCUGUCAAAAUCGAACAGCACCACAGUGGACCAUCCAAGCCUCGCUUGGUUAAGCCUUCUCUUGCUGGCUUUCUAUCGCUUGUUGGCCGACUGCUUUUCUACAAGCCCAUUUGGACUGAGGAGAACCAACAGCACCAAAACAUCAGAUUCAUCUUUGUGCAUUUCAGCGCCUGGCACUUUGCAGGCAGUGACCUGCUCUGGGCCGGGCUGGUCAUACGCCUUUGUGAGGUCCUGCAGGUGAACUUUGGGAAAUUACAGCUGGUGCUUUACCGUUUGACUCAGCACAAUGAGGAAGAGGAAAUCAAAAAGAAGGUCAUUGAGGAUGGUCCAAAUCAGUGGAAGUCCAAGAAGGUUUGCUGCUGCCCUCUGUGGAUGCUCCCCCUGUUCUUUCUUGCAGCACUGGUAGCCAUUGUGAUGUUCAUGUUAAUAUCUGACGUUAACAAGCCUGAAGUUAAAACAAGCAUGGGAAUAAAUGGAACAACUGCCCGGGUGGGUGUAGCGGGGGGCUUAGCCAUUGCUGCUUUAGGAGUGCCAGCGAUGACCAUGGCUCGGUUUGCUUUUUUGUUGAGUAAGCACCUCAUCUUCAGCCAAGAUCGGAACAUCAAGAAGGGGAUGGACGAUGACCGGGUCAGUGGCCAACUUGGUUUCAUGAAUGCAGUGAGAAAAGAAAUGUGGCUUCUGUCUCGCUUCAUCCAAUUUAUGGAAGUCUUUGAGGGGAGACGAAUUCGAGUCAUAAUGAAAGUCACCAAUCUGGACCGCUGCUCACCCAAGAAGAUUGUUGCAGUUCUAGAUGCAAUGAACAUUCUGCUUUCAGAUGAUGAAAGUCCAUUCAUUUCCAUUCUAGCAGUCAACCCCGACAUCCUUGUGGAGAAAGUGAACUUUGCUGAUGGCUGCUUCUGCAAAGAGGACAGAGGUUACGCCUUGUUGAAUCGUAUCGUAACUCUUGCCUUCACAAUCCCAGCACUCUGCAGUGAAUCGAAGUGUAAUUUGUUUAACAGCCUCACCUACAGUUCCAAAUUCAAAGAGGACACAGUCGUAAGAUGUAAACGGAGACCUGGGAGAAGCAAAAACACCUCACCUUCCUUUGACGAAUCUUCAAUGGAGAACGCAUGUAUGAGAGAUACUCCACUGAUAGAAAAAACGACACAACUGAAAGAGGAAGAACUAGAGAAUUUAGUCAAGAGCGUCCUGACUGCCCCUGGAGGGAAGCAAAAUGACUACCUCUUAGAUGAUGCUAUGUCCAUGAGAAGAGUGAUCAACUCCAUUCGAGUGACUGUGAUAAUCAUGAAGGCCUUGAAGAAGGAGCUACCACUUACGGACCGCAUCGCAGCCUGGGUGGUUUUGGCCAAUCGUUGGCCGUGCCGCCUCAGUUGGAUCAUCCAGUGUGCAGAGGAUGAAGAACAGAGAGAAGAAAUUGACGGCAUGCAGGCAAGCACAGAUGACAAUUCAAAGACCUUAUGGGAAAUCUUCAGCAUGUCUAGAGCAGAGCUUUACGUGAUGAGCUCACAGAUUGAGGACCUUCUUGAGCAGGAUGGAGACCCAGAGAUGUUUGAAAAAUUCCUAAAAGUUGACUUUUCGUUCACUGUGAAGGACAUGAAAGUAUUUAAAGAAGCAACAGUUAACCUGGACCAUUCGAUAAGGAAGGAGUUGGCUCAGAUCAGAGGGACAUCCAGACUGAGAGAUUUUGGUUGGAUGAGGAACUUGGCUCCUCUGCCGAUGAGCACCAUCAUCAAUAUGACUGCAGAGGAUGUGUGUGAAGAGUUGGCGAGGAUGAACUAUCCUGGCAAGUAUGGUGAAAUCGUGAGAAACAAUGACCUCAGUGGCUUGGCGCUGGUGUUUGGUGAUGUGAAUGACCUCAAAUCUCUGCUUCAAAUGACGUUUGGGGAGUGGACAACUUUCAGACUGCACUUCCUGGGUUUAUCUCCACAUCUUCGGACUCAAAACAAGACGGUGCAGCUGAUGCCUUAUCAUCUUCACAACCAGCAGUCCAGAUUCCCUCAUCAUGCUCCCUAUCAUCACUCAUCUAGCGGCACUCAUAUUAGCUGAUGUGUCAGAAUCAGGAAUAAGAUAUGAAGGGCGAACCUCUGCCAAGGCUCAAAACUGCCCAUCUUACAAUGAUGGGAAAAAAAAAAAGUCUUGUUACAUCACUUAGACUCUUCUGAGAUCCUUCAGGUGGGUUCAAAUAGAAGUUUAAAAAAAAUGUGACUGAUAGGUGGUGCAUGGCAACAACCACAACAAUUCCUGGCACCUCAUUCACGUGUUGGCUGUAUACUAGCACUGGUACCACAGUCUCUUAUACAAAGAGACUGGUAGCGUGUUUUUGAAAACAUGGCUGUGAUUCGUCCAUCUGAUACGUCGGUCACUAU